AUGCGGCCAACACACCAAGCUCGCAUCGAAUCCGAGGAGAAGGCGCUGGAAGCCUACCGCCAGGAGCGCUACCAGGGUAGCGCCCGAGUCCGCCUGGAUUGUCUGACCUUCGAGAAUGGGUUUGGCCGCUUGAUGGACGACGGCCGAAAUGCCCUCCGAAUGGAGCAGAUCCUCGAGAUACAAGGGUGCCUCCGUAUCAAUCGAGAGUACCAUGUGCCCGUCUUGGUCCAAGCCACGGACUGGGGCUCCCACAUCAGGCUAUUGCCGUGCGACACGGAGCCGUUUCCCGAGCUGAUCGUGCCCUUGAACAUGUCGCUUCGCGCCUUAGGCCACGAGAAUGUUAUCGCCGCAGCGCGAAAAAAGCUCUACGGAGAGAACUGA